AUGGUGAGUACAAGACGGACGAAGUAUGAGGAGGAGGACCAUGAUGACCCCAUGAACGAAGGAAACACCAUGGAACACCAUGAAGAGUACCAACCCGCUGAGCCCGCUGGCGAACGAACCUCUCGACGUCCAGGCAAACAAGCAAUGGCUGACGACGAAGGUCGGGUCCAAGAUGCAGGAAACUCAUCAUCACCAUCCCAUGGUGUACGGCGAACUACCAAUGUCCAUGAGGUGUACAUGGAGAACGAGGCAUUGCGCCAGCGUUUAGAUGAAACUCUCAGACUCAACAGAGAGUGGCAAGAGAGGUAUGGAGCCCAGGAGGCCACACGACCACAAAGAAGAGGAACCCGCGGGCGUCUUGGUACAGCGAGAAGGGGACGACCCCGUGGGAGUCGUUCAACACGUUACCCUCCCGAAGGUCAAGAGAGAUCUAGGUCACCAACAACCCAAGGUCGUGAUGCUAGUGCCAUACCACAACGACCUUCUCGUGAGAACGACAACCAUGGUGGGAGGAGCGAGCGCCCUCCAUCCGGACAAAGACCACGAGUAACAACCUCAGGUCGUGAGAAUAGGAGAAAUAAUGAACCCCCUCCUACACAGCAACAAACUAGGAGGGAUGCACGAGGACCUACUGCCCCACGAGACAAUGCUGUAGAUCCCCCACGAGGAGACUCCCAUGAGGAGAGGGGCACAACACGUAAUAAUGGGAUCCCACCAUCUCAACCACCUCCAGCACCUAGGGAUAUUGGUGUGGACGAGAGGGGAAGAGAUCAUGUUCGGAACCCUCCUUCACCAAUCAGGUUUCCCCCAUCACCAAUAAGGCAUCUUGAGCCUUCACGUACUAAUGCACCAACACCACAUCAACCAGCCCCAAAGGAGAGGUCAUGA